UCCUUUGGAUAUGUCAAACUUGGGAAUGGAUCUUUAUUGCAUUUCUGAUAUUAUAGAACAAAUAGUUAUUUCAUCUGUGAUCUUGUACGUCUGCGAUUCUGCUAGAAAAGAGAACAAUCGAUUACUGGAAAUCAUUCAAAAUAUUCAGGUCACCAUUGGAAGACAAAAUUUACCUUAUAAGCAAAUGAGUUUGUCACUUCUAAAUUCAAAAAAGAACGCAUUGAAUUUAUCAAUUUGUGGCUGCAUUCCUUUUGAUUGGACAUUAAUAUUCUCGGUGACAGCUACUUUUACUACUUACAUGGUUUACUUGAUUCAAUUUAAGGAAAUGGAACUCCAAAAGAACAGCAGCUCUAAUGGAACAGUGCAAACAUAGAAAAUGCAAACAAGGAAGUUGAAUGCCAAUUAGAAAAAGAAUGAAAUUACAUCCUUUAUUUGAAGCAAUUUUUAAAGAACUCAACAUGUUGGAAAUAGUGUAACUUUGG